UCAAUACGGUUUGAUUUGUUUUUAAAUUUUAGGCACAAGUGAAAGAGGUUAUCCUUGAUGAAAGUGAUGUUGCAAAAGCACUUUUGGAAUAUAUCAACUGCAACUACCUCAAUAGUAUUGUAGUUGGUGCAUCAACAAGGAAUGCUCUUACAAGGUUUAAAUCUCUCUCACUCUCUCUCUCUCUCUCUCUCUAAGCUACAUUCUGAUGCUGUGGUUUUUCACAGGAAGUUGAGAAGUGGGAAUGAUGUGUCCAGCAGCCUUGUAAAACUUGCACCGGAAUUCUGUUCGGUAUACGUAAUUCAGAAAGGGAAGAUGUUGUCAACAAGAACUGCAAAGAGGCCUGUGCUUAAUACUGCAGCUCCACCAAAACAGCCAUCCUCUCAGGGACUCCCACCUCAUAUCCCAGCAGAUCAUAAUGAAUUUGAAAACGGAGCUAGAGGACAGCCUGCAUCAAGGGGAGGGUGGAAAGCUCCAGGAUCUGAGAAAAUGCCUGCGGCACGCGAGAGGACAAGGAGUGCUCCGAAUAAUCUCUCGUUGGAUAUUAAUCUCGACAUGGCUAACCAUACUUCAGCACGGCCUUCGCUUAGCUGCCGCACUUCGAAUGCUGAUGAAAGUGACUUGUCAAUGCCAUUAUUUGGGUCCAUGGAUAUUACAAACCAAUGCUUCGAUUUCUCUAGUGCAUUAAAUUCUCCCAAGGAGUCAUCCAGACAAUCUGCACGGGAUUUGGAGGCUGAAAUGAGAAGAUUAAAGCUCGAAUUGAAGCAAACAAUGGACAUGUACAGCUCGGCGUGCAAAGAAGCAAUCUCGGCAAAAAAUAAGGCUAAAGAGCUUAGUCAGUGGAAGCAGGAGGAGGCGCGAAAGUUUGAUGAAGUGAGGGUUGCUGAAGAGACAGCCCUUGCUAUUGUGGAAAUGGAGAAGGCUAAGUGCAAAGCAGCUAUUGAAGCAGCUGAGGCGGCGCAGAAGUUGGCGGAGAUGGAAGUUCAGAGAAGAAGACAGGCAGAGAUGAAGGCAAAGAAAGAGGCAGAAGAGAAGAUCCGGGCGUUGAAUGCUUUGGCACAAAAUGAUGUCCGGUAUAGGAAGUACACUAUAGAAGAAAUUGAAGAAGCCACGGAAAAAUUUGCAGAAGCGAAUAAAAUUGGUGAGGGUGGAUAUGGACCUGUGUACAAAGGAAAACUCGAUCACACGCCGGUUGCCAUCAAGGUUCUGAGACCUGAUGCUGCUCAAGGGAGGAAGCAAUUCCAACAGGAGGUUGAGGUCCUGAGCUGCAUGAGAUAUCCUAACAUGGUUCUCCUCCUUGGUGCCUGCCCCGAAUAUGGAUGCCUAGUAUACGAAUACAUGGAAUACGGCAGCUUAGAAGACCGGUUAUUUAGAAGAGGUAACACCCCCCCAAUUUCGUGGAGGAGACGGUUCAAAAUAGCUUCUGAGAUUACAAUAACGCUUCAUUUCCUUCACCAAGCAAAGCCGGAACCCCUUGUUCACCGUGACCUAAAGCCAGCAAACAUCUUAUUAGACCGGAACUUCGUGAGCAAGAUCAGUGAUGUCGGGCUAGCACGCUUAGUUCCACCAUCUGUAGCAGACGAGGUGACACAAUACCACAUGACUGCAGCCGCGGGAACAUUUUGUUACAUCGAUCCUGAGUACCAACAAACUGGCAUGUUAACAACAAAAUCGGACAUAUACUCAUUGGGGAUAGUACUACUCCAAAUCAUCACAGCCAAGCCUGCCAUGGGACUUGCUCAUCAUGUCAGGAGGUCCAUCGAGAAGGGAACAUUUUCAGAGAUGCUUGAUCCAGCGGUGACCGACUGGCCAAUCGAAGAGGCUCUAGCGUUCGCUAACUUGGCAUUACAAUGCACAGAGCUAAGGAAGAAGGACAGGCCCGAUCUUGGCACAGUUGUAGUGCCAGAACUUAACCGGUUAAGAGACUUUGGAAGGACUGGUGACAUUACUCCUCCUGGGUUCAAUUAUAGUCCAACUCGAAGCUCUGCGUCGCGUCCUUCCACAUCAAGAACGUCACCUACAACUAGUCAGGAGCCACUGGAUAAGAGUAGCUCCGGGGGUGGAGUUGAAACAUAG